AUGGCCGCCUACGAGACCCUCCCCAAGACAGCCAAGAGCAAGCCCACCAAGUUCGAGGUGUCGAUUCCAGAGGAGAAGCUUCAACAGCUAAAACAGCUCGUCAAGCUCUCCCCCAUUGCCCCCGAAACCUACGAGAACCUGCACGAGGACCGCAGCUUCGGGAUCUCGCGGAGCUGGCUGCAAGCCGCGAAGCAAGAAUGGGGGAACAACUUUGACUGGCGCGCCCACGAGAAGCACAUCAACUCGUUCCCGCACUACAAGCACGACAUCCGCGACGACGACGGCAAAACCUACAGCCUGCACUACGUGGCGCUGUUCUCAGAGAAGCCGGACGCAGUACCCAUCGUGUUCCUGCACGGGUGGCCCGGCAGCUUCCUGGAAUUCCUGCCGAUGCUCUCGCUGCUGAAAGCGCGGUACAAGCCCGCCGAGCUGCCCUACCACGUCAUUGUGCCCAGCCUGGUCGGGUUCGGCUUCUCUGCCAGACCGCCCCUCGAUAGAGACUGGACGGCCGAGGACACCGCCCGCCUUACUGACAGGCUCAUGCGUGAGUUGGGCUUUGAGGCUGGCUAUGUCGCGCAGGGCGGCGAUAUUGGCUCGUUUUUGUCCCGCUUGCUCUGCAGCAAGUACGCGUCCUGCAAAGCCAUGCACAUCAACGUGUGCAACGUCCCCCAGCCCCCCAACAUCCCAGACAGUGCGAUCAACGAACUCGAGCGCAAAUACCUCCCCCGCGGCGCCGAAUUCAUGGCCACAGGCGCGGCCUACGCGAUCGAACAAGGCACGCGCCCCUCCACAAUCGGGCUGGUCCUCUCCACCAGCCCCCUCGCACUCCUCGCCUGGAUCGGCGAGAAAUUCCUGACCUGGACGGACGCCGACCCAACACUGAGCACGAUCCUCGAAUCCGUCUCGCUGUACUGGCUCACAGACACUUAUCCCACAAGCAUCUACACGUACCGCCAGUUCAAUACCGGCGACAAGCCGUUUGGCUUCUCCUGGUUCCCGUAUGAGCUGGCGCCUGUGCCGCGCGCUUGGGCGGCCACGACGGGCAAUCUCGUCUUUUAUCGCCAGCAUGACGCGGGUGGGCAUUUUGCUGCGUUGGAGAAGCCGAAGCUGCUGUUGCGGGAUGUCGAGGACUUUGUGGGUAAGGUGUGGGCGAAGGCUAAGUAG